GAUCUAGAUAGAUAUCUAGCUGCUAGGCCAAGUAAAAAAAUCUAGAUUACGAAAAUAGUAAAAAUGAUUACAAAAUGUAAAAAUGAUUACAAAAAUAAAUCUAUCCAAAUUUUAAACAUUCUGUAUAAAAAUAAAAGAUGACGCCAAAUAAAGUAUGGUUUACAGUACUUCCGGUGAAUUCCGGAAGUGUGUGACAGACUUUGGCAUUGUUUUACUGUUUUUUACUGCUAUACGAUUCCGGAAUAAUAACCGACACUAAACUAAGGUUUUACCUCACUGGAAUCUCGGCUAGAUCUAGAUCUAGUUUUAUUAAAAAUGUUAGGCGUAUGCGUACGACAAACACUGUUCUCAUUUCCUGCCAACCAGGUGACAAUAUAUAGAUCUAGAUCUAUAUAACCUCAACUGGAUGUGAGAGGAUCUAAGCACACUUGGUAAUUCCUCAAUAGUUAGCCAAAAUAAGCAGUACUGGAUUACAAAUUUGUGUUUUUUAAGAAUAUUUAAAAGAAUAUUAAUAUGCAGUCCUAUUCUAUUGAUAGCCUUGGCAUUACUGGCAAUCUAUUUUUAGAUCACACCAGACGGCUGUGUUUGUCUUAUAAACAUUGUUAUGUUCAUACUUUGUAAAAAAAAAAAGAAUUUCAGAAUCUUACUGAAUUGUUGUUUGAUACUGAGCCUUGAUAUCAAAUGUCGUUUGAUUAUCUCAAACAAUACAAAAGUAAAAGGCAAAGCUAGAAACAGCUGAUUUAUAAAAAGCACUCAAGAAUGGAAGAGGAAACAGAGCAUUUAGCUGCAAUGUUAUCUAUUGUAGAUGAACAGUCACACAAAUUAACAGAAUUUUUAAACUCUGAAGAUUUGAAACCAGAUCUAUCAACAAUAUUUUCAUCUUCUCAAGACAUAAAAACAGAAUUAACAACAUUUUCAUCUAUUGUUGAUGCAAAACCCAACAUGACAUUCUCAGCUUCUCAAGAUGUUAAACCCUAUACUACAACAGAAUUUUCAUCUUCUAAAGGCACAGAAACAGAAUUUUCAAUUUUUUCAUCUUUUGAUAAAUUUACACCCAACAAAACAUUUAUAAACUUGCAAGAUGUUAAACCUGAUGUUACAACUGAGUUUUUAAUUUGUAAAGAUAAAAAUAAAAAGCCUGCUGUAUCAACAUUAUCGACAUCUGAAGAUAACAAAUUAGAAGUCACAACUAUAUCAAGUAGUAAGGAUUUAAAGCCAGAUUUAUUGACAGGACAUUUAUUUUUUGAGGAUAAACAACAAAAAGGGCUCGAACUUCAAGUUGAAGAAAAUCUCCAGUUUUCUAGAGACAAAAGAUAUCAGAUUGUUUCUAGUCAAAAACACAAAGGGCUUUAUCAAAGUUCUAACUCAAAAAAACAUAAAACAGGUCAAGAAGGAAAUGAGCAAGUUGAAUAUGAUGGUGGCCAUGAGAAUCUUUCUCAAAGUUGUAAUUUCAGUCAAAAUAAAAAAGAGCACUCAAGAGAUAAGCAAUACACAAGUAAUGUUUGUAAUAAAAGGUUCUCUCAUCAAUGUAAAUUAUAUACACAUCUGAAAAUGCAUUCAGGAGAUAAGCCACAUGAAUGUGAUGUUUGUCAUAAAAAGUUUAGUCGGAAUAAAAAUUUAUUACAACAUAAAAAUGUUCAUUCAGGAGAUAAGCCAUAUGAAUGUGAUGUUUGUCAUAAAAAGUUUUCUCAAAAUUCUACUUUGACAAAACAUAAAAAGGUUCAUUCUGGAGAUAAGCCAUAUGAAUGUGAUGUUUGUCAUAAAAAGUUUGGUCAGAAGAUACAUUUAUUACAACACAAAAAUGUUCAUUCAGGAGUUAAGCCACAUGAAUGUGAUGUUUGUCAUAAAAAGUUUGGUCAGAAGCAAAAUUUAUUACGACACAAAAAUCUUCAUUCAGGAUAUAAGCCAUAUGAAUGUGAUGUUUGUCAUAAAAAGUUUGGUCAGAAGAUACAUUUAUUACAACACAAAAAUGUUCAUUCAGGAGUUAAGCCACAUGAAUGUGAUGUUUGUCAUAAAAAGUUUGGUCAGAAGAAAAAUUUAUUACGACACAAAAAUCUUCAUUCAGGAUAUAAGCCAUAGGAAUGUAAUGUUUGUCAUAAAAAGUUUGGUCAGAAGAUACAUUUAUUACAACACAAAAAUGUUCAUUCAGGAGAUAAGCCAUAUGAAUGUGAUGUUUGUCAUAAAAGGUUUACUCAAUGUUCUGGUUUAAGUGAUCACAAAAAAAUUCAUACAGGAGUAAAGCCAUAUGAAUGUGAUGUUUGUCAUAAAAAGUUUUCUCAAAAUUCUACUUUGAAAGCACAUAAAAAUGUUCAUUCAGGAGAUAAGCCAUAUGAAUGUGAUGUUUGUCAUAAAAUUUUUUCUCAAAAUUCUACUUUGAAAACACAUAAAAAGGUUCAUUCUGGAGAAAGGCCACAUGAAUGUGAUGUUUGUCAUAAAAGGUUUUCUCAAAGUUCUACAUUAAAAACACAUAAAAAGGUUCAUUCAGGAGAAAGGCUACAAGAAUGUAAUGUUUGACAUCCAAGGUUUUCUCAAAUAAUUUCUUAUUUAUUUUUACAAAAAAAAAAAUUCAUUAAAGAGUGAAGCCACAUAAAUGUUAUAUUUGUCACAAAAAGUUGAAUAAUAAUUUGUUAUGAUAUAUGUGUUUUUACAUUUUGUAAGCCAUAUGUAUGUAUACAAGAUUUCAUUCAGGAGAUAUGCCACAUGAAUGUGAUGUUAAUCACAAAAUGUUUUGUCAAAUAUCUAAUUUAAAUACUCAUAAAAAUUCAUUCUAGAGGUAAACCAGGAAGUUCAUCAUGACUAAAAACCAAUUUAAUUUAAUGUCAUUUUUAACAUAAAUAAUUCUAGAGCAAAUUAUUAUUGAAUAUCUUGUUUUAAUUUUUUUAUUUCACAUAACUUUAACUAGUAGUCAUCCAAACAGUGGUCCAUAGUGUAUUAAUUUUAAUAUUGGUAUUAUGAAAAAGGUUCUUUUGUCAAAGAGUAUGCCUUGUCAAUUAUUAUACAUACUCUAAAAAGAAAUUGUAUUCUGACUGUAAAAGGAAAUUAUAUUCUAUUAUGUCAGCUACAUGUGUACCAUUUUUUCUCUAUGUAGCCUACUUUUUAUGGGUGUUAUCUGUAAAUGUGUAUGAUAGGAGAAGUAAGCUAUAACUUUUAGAAACCCAGGGUUUUAUUUUUAGACCCGCAUGGUUUUGUUUACAUUAUUAACAAUGAGCCGACCCGCAGCAUAACAUACGCCGCUAUUUAGUUGUUUUUUUCUACUUUUUAGUAAUUCAUAAUUUGUGAAUUCGACACUACCAACGCUGCCACUGAAAAUAUUUCUUUUAAACACUAUAAGUAGCUCGUUAAGGAC